AUGGCCGCCGCCCUCGCUCUGCGGCCGCCUGCCAUGGAGGAGCCGGCAGGCACUGAGCGUGGGUUGAGCCGGCUCCCGCCGUGCCUCAGCCCUGGGAGGGUGGUGGGUGAGGCUGAUAUCACUGUGGAGCUGCCUUGGGGGCCUCUACGUGGGAAGCACUAUGGGCCCGGUCGCCCCCACCGUCCUCCCGCCGCCGUUUCCCUGCGUGUCCCUACGCCUCCGCCUGCCGCUCGCUGUGGUCUAGGGGAGCUCUCCCGCAACCUGGCCUGUCCCAUAGGACAGGAGGUGGAGGAGGAGGAGGAGCUCGGUACCGAGCCGUUGCCACCCACCGGCCCGCAGCGGCAGCUGGAGGGCCGGGUGGUCGGUGAGGACAGGGUAUCGCCACCCCUCGCCCAGCCCGGCAGCAGCGGCUUGAAGUUCGGGCUGUUGUCACCGGAGCUGCACACUCGGCUGCUAGACCAGGAGGACUACAAGAACCGGACGCAAGCCGUGGAGGAGCUGAAGAGGGUCGUUGGAGGUGCCAGCCAGUCUGCGGUGAUCUCCACUCCUGCUCCCAGUCUUCUGGGGCUCAUCAGCUUUCUGUACACCCUCCUCGAUGAUUCCAACUUCAAGGUGGUGCUGGGGGCAUUGGAGGUGAUACAUCUGCUGGCCCUCCGUCUGGGUGACCAGGUCCAGGCCUUCUUGGCACCGCUGGUGUCAGCUGCUGCUAAAGUCCUUGGGGACAACAAGGUGGCCAUCAGGCAGGAGUACAACCACCUGCUUCUGCAGCUCAUGAAGGCAGCAGGUCCUCAGCAGGUGCUGAGCUUGCUGCUGAAGCAGGAGUACCUGCAGCACAAGAACUCCAAAGUCCGUGAGGAGGUAGUCAACAUCUGCAUUGUUGCUCUCCUCACUUACCCAAGUGGGGAGCUGGACUUGGGCAAGCUGGCAUUUGGGUUGGCUCCAGCUCUGGUGGACAAUAAGCGCAGAGUCCGUCACGCUGCCAUGGAAGCAUUUGCUGUGCUGGCAUCUUCCAUGGGCCCAGGCAAAACCAGCAUUCUCUUCAAGGCUGUGAAUGCUGUGGAGCUUGAGGACAACGGGGAUGGGGUGAUGCAUGCAGUGCAGGCCAGGCUGGCCAGGAAGACCUUGCCAAAGCUGGUGGACCAAGGCUUUGUAGAGUAUGCUGUGUCCUUGCCAUCAUCUGGCCAUAACAGGGGGUCCUGUUUGCCCCCUGGGGCAGAUACAGAUUGGCUGUUGAUGGGCAGCAGGACUCAGAGUGCCCACAGUUACUGUGGGUAUCACCCCAGGGAUGAUGGACUGCAGAGCUCCAGCCCACAUGGAGCUUAUAGUGACCAAGGAGUAAGUCCAAGAAGAGUCUUGAGUGCAGGUAAAGGGAAAACCAAACUGCCUUGGGAAAAUGAGCAUGUUGAAGACGGGGAAGGUGGCAUGGGAGUGAAGAUUUCUUGCACAAAGGGUGUGGAACAGUUCUCUACAUCCAAUGAUUUUCUCCAUUCUCCCAAGCUAAAGCCUUCUCAAGGAGCUUCAGUUACUGAUGAAUUAUUUUUUAGUAGAAAAAGAACUUCAAGGAAUUUAUUGCAGAAUAGUCUAGAUUUAAACUCUGAACAGUCCUCUCUUUGUGCUGGUGCUGCUGGCUCCCAUCAGCCCCAGAUUUCAGAGAAGUGUGGAACUCUUGGACAUACAUGUGGGGAGAGUGGUAGUGUGGACUCAGAUUUGCAGUUUUUAGGGUUAAAUAACUGUCAGCAAGACAAAGGUUGUACCAGCCUAAGUUUUUCCAGAAAGACCCAGAGAAGUUUUUGCAAUCAAGCACAUCACAUGAUGGCCUUGCAAGGUCCCAACACAAGCCAGGGUACAUUCAUCCUGCCCUCUUACCCUCUGUCAUCACCCAGGAACAGCCCCAAGUGCAUCUCCUCUCCAGCUGACUCUCCAAAGACAUCACAAGAUAAUACCAUGAGCUUCUCAAACUCCUGGCCUCUUAAAAGCUUUGAAGGACUGCCCAAGCCAAAUUCAAAGAAGCAGCUGCUCAGUCCAAAGCCAGGAGACAAUACAGGGGAGGAUUUGCAGGAGAACCUUUCUCCUCUGCAGCUCAAACCCACCCUGGUGAGACGCCCACCCUCCUGCCGGGGCCUGAACGGGAGCAGACCUGUGCCCCCCAUUCCCUGCCUCGCCAGCCCGCUGCCAGACAAGCUGGAGUUGAAUGUGAGGAGGUGGAGAAACCAAGAGUCUGAGGACACCUGGCUGAGUGACACAGAUGGGAAGCUUGCAACUGAUCUCUCCGAGCUAAAUGUUGAUGAGGAGGAAGUGGACCAAGAAGAGAUGCAGAACUCCCUUCGAUCUCUCCGCAACAGCGCAGCCAAGAAAAGGGCCAAGCUGAACAGCAACGUCCCAGUGCUUGAGAGCCCUGAUUCUGCUCUUACCCUUGACCUCUCUGUGGGCUCCCCAUCCCAGGCUUCCUCCUGCAGCGAGAGUGGAGUUUACAGCCAGGAGUCUCUAACUUCUCCUGUGUCCACCAUUCCCCAGAGAAGGAGAAGAAUGUCAGACACCUUUCCUCUUCUUGGCAGCAAAUCAGUGCCUGCAAGAGUGCCUUCAGCAAGAGGCAGAGACGUGGCAGAACAUAACUCCAGCACAGAGUCAACAUCUGAAUUUCCCCAGAGGAACAAUCUGGAUUUCAUUUCACCAGCUGUCCUGUCUGAAGAUGCAGUUGUAAUUGUUGGUAAAGGUGUUUUUGGGAGCCCUCCUUCCAUACCAGCACAUAGCCAGUCCACAGCAUGUGUAGUGAAUGGAGAUGACCAAGCUGUCAAGGAGAAGACUGAGCCAUCAGCAGGGAUCUGUAGGAGAAGCAUCCAGAAGAACAGUGCUUCCCAUUUCCUCACUGAAAAUGGAAAAGAGACAAAAGUUGUGAUGUCAAAAUCGGCCCAGGAAAAAAUGAAGCAGAGGAAAAAAGAAGAGAAAGAACACAAUCAUAGGGAACAUCAGGAAGUCAAAGACCUUGAAGAGUUAAAUCUCUGUGGGGACACCUUAAUACUGUCAAGAAGUGCAUGUUUGUCAUCACAACAUGUGGCCUUCAAACCCUUAUUAAAGAGAACAUCCAGUUUGAAGAGGAGCAAAUGUUCAGCCUUGCUAGAUUGUGAUGAAAUGUCUCUUGGGACACAAGGACGCUAUAAAGACCAGGCCCUGUCAGUCCCUCACAGCCCAGAAGUAAUGGACCCAUCAGAGCUUCAGCCCUUUCUAAAACCAGAAGCAGCACUGACAGAAGCCUUGAUGCUUUUAGCUGAUGAGGACUGGGAGAAGAAGAUUGAAGGUCUCAACUUUAUCAGAUGUUUGUCUGCCUACCAUGCGACUAUUUUGACUGUGAAGCUGCAUGAAACGAGCUUGGCUGUGGCUCAAGAGGUCAAGAAUUUACGCUCAGGUGUUUCUCGAGCUGCUGUGGUCUGUUUAGGGGAUUUGUUCACCCACCUGAAAAAGAGCAUGGAUCAAGAACUAGAUAAUACAGUAAAAGUCCUUUUGCACAAAGCUGGGGAAUCCAACACGUUUAUAAGGGAAGAGGUAGACAAAGCACUGAAGGCUAUGGUUAAUAAUGUGACUCCAGCACGUGCACUUUGUUCUCUUAUAAAUGGAGGGCAAAGCCACCUGCAUUCAGCAGUGAGGAGAUGCACAGCCCAGCACCUCUCGGACAUUGUGGAGCGCAUGGGAGCAGAGCGGAUCGUGUCUGGAGCCAAAGCUGUGGCUGAUCGGAUUUUGCCUGCCAUAGCCCGGUUUGCACAGGAUAGUUCACAACAAACCAGGUACUAUGGUCGAAGGAUGCUCUUCAACAUGAUGGAUCACCCUGAGUUUGAGAAAGCCCUUGAGAAGUACGUGCCGAGCAAGGACCUGCCUUACCUUAAGGACUCUGUUAACAGCCUGCGUGAGAAGGGUCUGGGGGAGAUGCCAUUGGAUACACCCUCAGCAAGGGGAAGACGUUCCCAUACGAGUGGUGCUGGACACUCAAGGUCAUCAUCUACUUCCAGAGAUGCUCUCAACAUUACUGAGAGAGAGGCUGCAGAGGGCCGUGAAGGCACCAGAAAAGCAGCUCCUCGUAACGCCCUGGAAAACGAAGAGUAUCUCAAAGACCUGAUUUGUUUAUUGAACGCCAGAGACUUCCGUGAGCGAAUCAGUGGCAUUAAGCAGCUCUUAUCAGAUACAGAGAACAAUCAGGGCUUUGUCCUUGCCAACAUUGUGAAGAUCUUCGAUGCGUUCAAGUCUCGCUUGCAUGACUCCAACAGCAAAGUCAGUCAGGUGGCUUUGGAGACCAUGCACAAGAUAAUUCCCUUGCUGAAAGACAAUUUGUCUCCUGUGAUCAAUAUGUUAAUUCCUGCCACGGUGGACAACAACCUGAACUCCAAAAAUCCAGGGAUUUAUGCAGCUGCCACUAGUGUUAUUCAGGCUCUGUGUCAGUAUUUAGACAACUAUUUGCUCCUCCAACCCUUCUGCACAAAAGCCCAGUUCCUGAAUGGAAAAGCAAAGCAACACAUGACAGAGAAGCUUGCUGACCUCGUUACGGAGUUAUACCCACGAAAGCCUUAUGCUGUGGAGCAGAAAGUUCUGGCUGUCCUCUGGCACCUUCUGGGGAACAUGACCAACAGUGGCUCUUUGCCUGGAGCCGGGGGGAACAUCCGGACAGCCACGGCAAAAUUAUCUAAAGCACUUUUUGCACAGAUGGGUCCAAGUCUGCUAACUCAAGCUGCAGCUCAGCCACCGCACAUCAAGAAGAGUUUAGAAGAAUUCUUGGAAAUAACAACCUAA